AUGGAGGGUACACUUACCUCAUGGUGCGCAGAGGCCCUGAAUAUUGUAUCGACUUCAACAGAACAUGGGGAGGAAUAUCGCCGAGGUUUCGGGAGUAUCGAAGGGGACUACUGGCUGGGUUUGGAACAAUUCCACAUGGUUGCACAAACACAGGAAUACCUGGAUGUUGCGCUCAUUGACGGUUCUGGCAACGAGACCAUUUUAUAUUACAGACAUUUUAAUGUAGACGACGAGGCCGGAGAAUAUAGUAUUGUGGCUAUGGACUUCCAACGCCACCGUUCUAACCCCGAUGCCGUUGACUCGUUUACACCUCCAACUAACCAAAGCAUAAGUGGUAAACCAUUCAUCACCUACGACCACAAUCCCUCCGGAAGUUCCUGUCCAACUGACAUGCGCAGUGGAUGGUGGUUUGGAGAUGGGGUGCACAGCGGGGAAUCUCAACGGGCCGGCCUUGACAGAGGAAGAAUACAACAACAACCCUUCACAACCGAGAAUUACUUGGACUGA